AUGGAUCGAAUUCAACCGUUCAUCACAAAUUGCAUCCUUGCAAGGUCCUUUACAAACCCCUCCAAACCUAUCGAUGAUAAAAGACUGCUGGAGACAUUAAUGAUACAGCCAACAGAUGGUGGUCUAUCCAAUAGGCUAAGGAAACGCAAAGUAAACCUUCUGGCAGAGGACGGUUCAUUACUGCAGGUGAAGCAUGAAAAUUAUAAAACCAUUAAUAAAAACUCAAAGGUAGCACUACGAGAAUAUAUCAAUAAAGCACGGUCAUCCUCUGCGAUGGCAAGGAAAAUCGCAAAUGACAAGAAGUUCGGGACUUGGGAAGAGCUGGAAACAUAUUUACUCAUUAAUGACCAAGAUUUAUACUCCUCGCUUCCGAAAUAUGAUCAAUUUAAACCAAUGCAUGAAGAGUUGUGGUGUGAAUAUAUGUUGGAAUUACUGGAAGUUAAAACUGACCCAAGUCAAGGCUUAAAGCUAAAUGGAGAGGCUGCCCUACAAAAACUAUCAAUGGCAGACUACAACGGAAGUCUGCUAAAAGUGACCAAGAGCCGCAAUAAGAAUCUAGAGGGAAUUGAAGGUCUUGUAUUAUGGGAUGCCCAAAAGAGCUUCAUUUUGCUUUGUAAGGGUAAAAUCGUAGAUACAGUCAAGUGUAUUCCGAAAAAAGGCACUGUAUUUACAUUCGAGAUUCCAAUCAAUGCUGAGGAGUCAUUACAGUAUAGCAUUAUGGGUGAUAGGUUUAAAUAUCGAAGUUCCGACCGUGCAGGGCGAAAAUUCAAAGCGCGCCGAUGCGACGACCUAUUAUACUACAUAAACAUGGAAUAG